AUCUUUAAUAAUUUAAUGAAUCAACCUAAAGUUUGGGAUGCUUAUAGUAAAAGCUAUCAUAAUAUUGAAAAAAAUCCAGCAGGAUUACAAUUUUCUUUGAUAAAUAUGUUAAGAAUAAAUGAAGCAGAUGAGUAUGAAAUUAUUCAAAAAAUAGAAUCAUAGAUACUGGUUGUGCAGGAGGCCAUUUACAUUAAUACAUCUUAUAGCAAAGAAAAAAAAACUGUAAAUUAACUGCAUUUGACUUUUCCCUUGAAAUGACUAAAAUAGCUGCAGUACGAAUGAUAAAAUAUCUUAAUAAUCCUUUAGCAGGAUAAAUGGAAGAAAUUAGUCCAUAAGAAAUUGAAAAUGUUGAUUUAAGUAACUGUAAUGUGUAAUGAUAUAGAUUGUCCAUUAUUAGAAUAAAAUAACUAUAAAAUAUUUUAAGGAGAUGUUUAGUCAUUAACACAAUUGAAUAACAAUUAAUUUGAUAUUUAUAUUUCUAAUUUAGUAUUAUAAUUAGUAGGAAAUAAAGACUAAGCCCUAUAGGAAGCAUAUAGAAUUUUAAAACCAGGUGGUAAAAUAGGAAUUGUAAUUCCAGUUGUAUUAGGGAAUGUUUUAAUGUUAUCUUUAUAAUAAUGCUUUAUUAAAGCUGGAUUGAUUCCCAAUAUGCCAUUCAAACCUACAGAUAUAGAGACAAGAGAGGAGAUGAUAAGUUUUAUAAAAAAAUAUGGUUUUACAGAUAUUUGUAAUUUAUAUUUAUUAAAGAAAUAGUAUGUUGGAAUUAAACAAUUCCAUUUGACGUUUAUGAUGUUGAUAACAAUUACAUAUUUCCAUAAUUUAAAGAAAUUCUUAAUAAAGCACCUUAAGAAUAAGUUGAUUAAUUCUAUGCAUUUUUCAAAGAAGAAGUAUAAAAUAGAUUAAAUCAAAAUAUUCCAUUUACAAUUGAAGGGUUAUGUCUCAUAGCUAAAAAACCAUUAUGAUAUUAUUAUUAUCAGUUUUUAUAUGUGGUGGUUGUUAUAG